AAAUUUGCACAUCUCCUCCCACUUCCUCCCUGUCUUCCCUUGUUACCAAAGAGCACACUUUAGAAUGACUGGGCAAAAAAUUGAGUGAGAAAAACCUGUUUAUCAUGAAAGAAAGGCAGCUGCAAGUGAUGUCAAUGAAGUCGCUUGUAUUUUAAUUUGUGCACUGAUGAUACAGUCACUAUUUGACACUCAAACAUAGCUGAACAUAUUGACAAAGGAUUUUGUAAUGCUGUUUAUCCUGAGAUUGAGAGUUUUGGCUAAUUAUUGAAAAAACGCUUUCUGACACUGUGUGCAGAAUGAUCUCCAAUACAACUCUUUCCCCUCAAUCCAACUCCAAUACCUCAAUGUCCUAUGAGAAAACAACAGUAGACAUUGUCUUCUACUCAAUCGUAGUUCUCCUUGGCACCACUGGGAACUCUUUGGUCAUCUGGGUAGCUGGAUUCCGAAUGAAACCCAACAUCACAAAUGUUUGGCUGGUCAAUCUCGCUGUAGCAGACCUGAUCUUCUGCCUGACACGAGUCAUAUCACUCAUCUCAAGUCUGUUCUUUGACCACUGGCCUUUUGGAGUUUUUCUCUGCAAGUUCAAUGGUUUCUUCAAGUAUGCCAACAUGUUCUGCAGUGUUUUUCUUCUGGCUGUCAUCAGUGUGGAUCGAGCUCUCUGUAUCUGGCGUCCAGUGUUCACCAGAGAACACCGGACGUUAAGUGCUGCUCGUGUGGUCAGUGUGGGAGUUUGGAUUGUGGCAGUGAUGUUCAGCUCACCGUACUUUGUAUACAGACAGGUCUUUCUUGAAAAGAACAACUUGAGCCACUGCUCAUUCAAGGUGAAAGGAGCAGAUGAAGAAGAUGGCAGUUCAGCAAAGUAUGUCUACUAUUUCACUCGUUUCAUCUGUGGAUUUUUAUUGCCCUUCCUGGUCAUCCUUAUCUGUUACAUACUAGCUGCUGUUGGGAUACACAGAACACGGCUCUCUGGAAAAUCAAGGCCUCUUCGGAUUCUUGUCGUAUUGGUCUGUGCCUUUUUCUUAUGCUGGGCCCCCUAUCACGUUCUAGGACUGGUCAAGUUGGUGAAUAGAAACAACAAGGCAGUAAAAGAAGGAUGGGCUAUGGUUUCAAACUUAGCCUAUUUCAACAGCUGCAUUAACCCGGUUCUGUAUUUCUGCAUGGGACUGGAUUUUAGUCGAUGCUGCAACCAAAGUUUGUCUGGGAUUUUUCGCAGAGCUCUUAUGGAGGAAGGCCAAAGUCUCUCACAUCAAGGGACUAGAGAAGAAAACUGUCAUUCUAUUCCAAAGACUGCAGAUGCUAAGUGUGAAACUAAAUUUUAAGAGAUUAAUGUCUAACAUCAAGAUUAAUAUCUAACAAAAAUGAAAGGUUAACGCACCUCAGUGUCUUCUAGCUAGCUUGAAUUAGUAGAUGGAGACUUUAUAUUGCAAAAUGCUCAAAUUAAGGUAAUUUAUAUGUAAUUUUUUCAAACAAAUGUUUAUGUGACAAUUGCACAUUUUUAUUUUUAUGUUUGCCUACACGUUUGUUUGUUAAUUAACAGUCAGGAAGAGAAAGAGGAAAUUAUUUGUGACCUUAAUAUGGGGAAAAGGGCAAAAGUUUUGAACCAGGAUUGCAUUAUGACUGGGGUUAAUCUUAGUCCAUUUUUUUAUUAUUCAAUUUUAUUCCUAUAAUAUUCCUGUAAUAUUGUUUUGGAGUUUUUCUCUGCAAGUUCAAUGGUUUCUUCAAGUAUGCCAACAUGUUCUGGCAUGUUCUGUUUUUCUUCUGGCUGUCAUCAGUGUGGAUCGUGCGCUCUGCAUUUGCCGUCCAGUGUUCACCAGAAAACGCCGAACGUUAUGUGCUGCUCGUGUGGUCAGUGUGGGAGUUUGGAUUGUGGCAGUGAUGUUCAGCUCACCGUACUUUUUGUACUGACAGGUCUUCCUU